ACGGCAGCGCCUGGGAGAAAAGAAAACAGAGAGGUGAGAGCGACAAAAAGCAGCCGGUGCGCUGCGAGGAGAGAAGGUUCUGUGUAUUGACUGAAUAGGAGCAGUGAAUAUCAGGAGCUGACAUAUUUGUACCCGCAAGUAUCCUGACAUACACCGUUUUUUCCUUGGUGACAUUCGGGACCUCAGCUGAUCCCUGGAGACUCUCUGCCUUGAGCCAAUGCUGGAUCUGGAGGUUGUACCAGAGAGAUCUUUAGGAAACCAGCAAUGGGAAUUUACACUAGGAAUGCCCUUUGCUCAGGGAGUAGCCAUCCUCCAAAAGAAUUGCAGGACCAUCAGAAAUGUUCAGAUCCUUUAUAGUGAUCAGUGUCCUUUAAACCAUGACCUCAUCCUCAGCUUGACUCAGGAUGGAAUUAAACUGCUGUUUGAUGCCUUUAAUCAGAGACUUAAGGUGAUAGAAGUCUAUGAUUUGACCAAAGUGAAAUUAAAAUACUGUGGAGUUCACUUCAACUCGCAAGCCAUCGCACCUACCAUAGAACAAAUAGAUCAAUCAUUUGGAGCAACACACCCAGGAGUAUACAAUUCUGCAGAGCAACUCUUCCACCUAAAUUUCCGUGGUCUGUCUUUCUCUUUCCAAUUGGAUUCCUGGACAGAAGCUCCCAAGUAUGAGCCAAACUUUGCCCAUGGAUUAGCUUCCCUCCAAAUCCCACAUGGGGCCAUGGUGAAGCGAAUGUUCAUCUACAGCGGAAAUAGCCUCCAAGACACAAAGGCUCCCAGUAUGCCACUUGGGUGUUACCAUGGCAAUGUAUACACAGAGAGUGUUGAUGUUCUUCGAGAUGAAUCUGGACCAUUGGGGCUUCGACUUCGUCUACUAAGUACUGGCUGUGGCCCAGGUGUGAUGGGAGAUGCCAAGUUAAGAGUUUCAGAACGAUGUAUACACUUUGGAUAUUCUUGCCAAGAUGUGAUGAGCACUUUAGGGGCACCCCAUAAAGUAUUCUUCAAGUCUGAAGACAAGAUGAAAAUCCAUUCCCCAUCUCCUCACAAACAGGUUCCUUCUAAGUGCAACGAUUAUUAUUACAACUAUUUUACCAUGGGAGUGGAUAUUCUCUUUGAUGCAAACACACACAGGGUCAAGAAGUUUGUCUUGCACACAAAUUAUCCUGGACAUUACAAUUUCAACAUAUACCAUCGCUGUGAUUUCCGGAUUCCUUUAACAGUAAAGCGAGAUAAUUCAGUAACCCAAACAGAAAUAUGUACCACAUACAGCAAGUGGGACAGUAUUCAGGAGUUUCUGGGGCACCCUGUGGAGAAACCAGUUGUACUUCACAGGUCAUCUUCUCCAAACAACACAAACCCGUUUGGAUCCACUUUUUGCUUUGGCCUCCAGAGGAUGAUUUUUGAGGUGAUGCAGAAUAACCACAUAGCAUCUGUUACUCUGUAUGGAGCCACACGAUCCAGCGGGCAGCAGAAACCUUCCGAGCCAAGCCAAUAAACCCAAAACAGCUAGCGGGGGAAGUAUUGUCCAGUGUGCCUUGAUUUGCACCCUGAUACCCACGCAAAGCACAGCUUGAACUACCAUGCUGUCUACUGUUGGCAGAACAGGGGGUGCUACUAGAUUGUGGGUAUCUACAACUGCCCUUCCAUGUUCCUCCGUACUGCAGAAGGCCUCCUAAAAGUCAGUGUCGUCAGCGUUCCUCAAGCCUAAUGAUGUGAGAAGUCAAGGCUGGCAAAGCGCUGUAUGCUGCAUCAAUAAGCACAAGCACAUGUGAGACAGGAGCAGGAAGCGAGGAGCCUGCACACUAGUGUUACUCAGUUCACCUGAUCGUAUGCUAUUAUAUAUACAUGUAUGAUUAUUAUAGUUGCAUGAUACUUUACAUGCAACUGGCGUGCUUGUAUGUAUGUAUGUAUGUAUGUAAGUGUGUGUAUGUAUGUAUGUAUGUAUGUAUAUAUAUAUAUAUAUAUAUAUAUAUAUAUAUAUGUGUAUAUUUAUUCACACAUACACAUAAAGUAUGAUAUGUAUAUGUACAUAUACACGCAUACAUAUAUCAAGUGACUAGAAACUCAGAACACCUGCAGAAUCCUUGCAUAUUUUUCCAGAAAUAGAAUAUAUUUCUUGCCAUGUUGUAAAAACAAGGGCAGGCAUGUUUUUGCUCUCCAACUUCUGCAGCUUUUUUGCAACUUUUUUUGCAAAUUUGACAGAAUCUGGCUUAGGAUCCUGGGAGUUGUUUUUCAGCACUAACAGGGAAAAACACAGUUUGGCUAUACCUUCUGUAGAGCACAACAUUGCUGUUAUUACGUAAACAUCCAUUUCUUCUGCUUUUUUGAAUAAAUGUAAAAGCCCUUUGCUUUCUGACUUCUAUAAUGUCAGAAAUAGUCAAGUGUAUGCAAUAUAAAGCAGAAAUGGCAUGAACUGGUUUGGGUAUUUCAGCAUGAAGUUACGUGCUGCUGCACGGUCAACGGUUUUUUAUUUUUUAGGACAUCGGUAAACUUGUCUGUCUUAAACCCAUUGUAGCCAAAGGCCACUACAGACAUUGUAAACAGUAGACACCGAAGCAUAUAGUUCUGGUGAAUGUGAGCACCUUGUGAAGUAGGUACCCUGUAUUUAUUAUCCUCACUGCAGAAGUAUCCUGCGGUGGUUUUUUCUACUUCAUGUAAUGUUCUGCAGGUUACCUCUGAGAUGUGAGCACAAAGAUGAACUUGCUUGUUACUUGGUUGCACCAUUUGCACUACAUACACUUUACUUGAUCAGUCAUCUUGUCCACUGGGCAGCCUUUGAAAGUGGACCCAGAAGACAAAUUUAUGUGACAGGGAAGAUUCCCCCACCUUUUUUUUUUUUUUCCUGCACUAUUAAUUACUUGACCUACGUAUCAUUUUAUUUUUUGUCCUGAACUCAAAUCAUCUCUGUUAAAUCCAUAUUCACAUUCAGUGUCCGUCUCUUUUCCACUUUUGAUCAUAAUAUGAUUUCCAUGAUUUCUUCUUUAAAAUGUUUCUUUUUUUUAAGGGGAAAGUCAAUAGCCUAAACUAAAUCGUUUCAGUUAAAUUGUAAACAAAACACGUGCCUCUUUGUCUAUCUCCUUAUAAUUGUACUGGAUUUUUUUGUAGAAAGUCAUACCUAUUGCAACAGUGUUUCAUUUGAGGCCAAAUACCCCAAAAAUACAUUCAUUUUAGGGGGAAAAUGUUGUUCUCUAUUCUAGACAGCAGCCAAAGACCAGCUCCUCGCAAGGAAUAUUGUUUAUUUUUUAGAAGAAAGGCACAGUAUAAUGCAUUGCUCUGCAAUCUGAAUCUCAUGGGAAUACUACUGAGGGAUAGGUUCCUGCGGCCAUGUGACCACAAGAGAUUGGAAAAGAAUGGCAGUUCAGCAACGUGAGAAAUAGAAUAUUGCUAAUAAGAUGGAUGUCUGUGCACUGAGCAAUGCAUUCUGUGCCUUUUUAGGCCAUACCUGUCUGUGCCCAGCAAACUCGGUAUAAUUUACUGGAAUCUGACUACCUUUCUCUAUGGUUAAGCUGGUUAAAAAUGUGGAAAAUCAUGUACGUCUUGUAGCCAAACAAGUGUGGCGGUAGACAGGCAGUGAAACAAUAACAUACCCCCACUUGUACUAUUUUGGAGUAGCAACUUUUGUGAUACAUGGACAAAUUUAACGUAUUUCCCAAAUAUAUUGUGUACAGAACUUUGUAUAUACACAGACAUUUUUUUUGUACAAGUAACGGGAUAUCAACUAGUAGGAGAUAAAACCAACGGGAAAGAGAGAGGAGAGAGCCAGGACCAACCCCCAGGAUAAUGUGAUGAGGGCAAAUUCACUACUUUCCGUCUUCCUCCUAUCAAAUUGUGUUCCUGUUACACUUACUAGUGGACUAGUAUUGAAAGUUUCUACAGCGUGGCCUUGUCAUGGCAGCCAAAGGGAUUAUACAGUUAAAGCUGAAUGUUCUCUGCUGCACAUUGUCCUGUGGUUUAUUGUCCAGGCCUCGGGUAGACUCCUCUUAUGGUGAAAUUGCUGCUUUUCUUUAUUUUGUUUACAGUGCUCAUCCUUAGUAUUAUGUCCUAUAGGUCACAUGACAUUACCUGCCCAGGUAACUGGCUGUACAGGAAAAGCACAGCCUAGUCUUGGCUUAGAAGACAGAAGCUAUAACUGUAUAUUUAUGGGUGAAUAUUAGCUGUUCAGCCAAGUGUAUGGUAUCCCUUAUGGGGUGCUCCUUUGUGCAGUGGAGGCUCAAGAAACGAUGUUUUGAUUAAGAUGUUUGUAAUCCUGCUUUUGUUCAUAUUAUUUUGUUGGUUUUAUAUGAAUUCUUUUGGAAUCUGUAGCCCCAAACAGCAUGUGUACCUAUAGGCCAAUAAAGGGAGACCCUUUGUCACAA